CUUUCUGCAGUGCUGGCCACUUCUAUUCAUUCGUUAUGAGACUCUGUUUUCUCUUCGUCUCUCCUUGCCUGGCCGGUUCAGUGCUGUGGAGCGGCAUCUUCAACUCGACCGCCACUGUCGAAGACUUUGACUUGUGGUCCUGGUCGAACGAAAUCGAGCCGUGGCAGUGGUACAUCCACGGUACGGGCAACACGUCCGAAUAUCUCGGUUUAUCGGCGGAUUAUAAGAAUCCUGCUGCAUCUGAUGCGCAGGGCUUGCGUAUCACUAUCGAUGGAACCUCCUUCUGGGAAGACCAGACCAUGGAACGCAGCGAGCUGAUCCCCCAGACGGCCGAAGACCUGGGCGCCGGCCAUCUGUACUACCAUUUCUCGCUGUCGACGGCGACGACGAACGCGCCCAACGCCUCGUUCGAGCACCAGAUCGCCUUCUUCGAGAGCGCGUUCACUGAGCUGCAGUACGGUCUGGAGGACGGGGCGUCCGGCACCUCGGAUAACACGCUGCGCUGGCUCGCGGGAGGCGAGACGUACUGGUCUGUCCAGCUGGAGGCGGGCAACUGGUAUAACUUUGCGUACGACAUCAACUUUGAUAACCAGACGGUCGGGCUGUGGGCGAGCAACAACUCGGAUCCGCUGGUCCUGGUCGUUGACGCGGUGGCUGUCACUGCGUCGUCCAACUCGGAGGACUGGCAUGUUGGAGAGCUGCGGUUGCCCAAUGGAGGAGUCAAUUCGGCGGCCGAGGACUGGUUCUGGUCGGGCAUUUAUAUCGAGGAGGCCCCUCUCAAUACGGAGAUUGGCUCUGCGUCUGCUGCUGCUUCAACUACAGCUGCCUCUGCAUCUACGGCGUCUACAUCGUCUGCUACCUCUGUAGCGACGUCUACCUCUACAACAGCACCGACAACCUCGACAACCUCGACAACCUCUGUAUCAUCCACUACCAUUCCGGUAUCUACAGAACCUGCCUCUACAUCUGUCCCUACAUCUGUGUCUACAUCCGUGCCCUCAGCAGUGUCCAGCUCGACAACUGUCGCGGAAAUUUCUACAACUGUUGUCUCAACCUCUGAAAGCUCUGCAGUCGCCACCGCUACGCCCACAGAAGUUUCCGUCUCUACAUCGACAGAAGUCUCUGUUGCUACGCCCACGGCAGUCUCAAUCUCUACAGCGACAGCCUCAAGCUCCACGGCGACAUCUACAGCAUCGACAUCGACAGUCCUACCCAUACCCUCUGGCUCUGCAUCCCAGAUCCUUUCCGAGCUGCAUGCUAUGCUUACUUCUCUUCUCUCCCGGGCAGGAGUGCAUGCGAGAGAUUUCAAUGGACACUAGUGAACCAUCAAGUGUAAGAAGAAGAAGUCCAUAUCGCAGACUGAAGACGAUGUAUAUUCAUCAGAUAGUUAAAUAGUAAGGAAAUGAUCUGCAUGAGGGAACUGGAGUCUG